AUGGGACCACCAAGGAGUGGCCUAGAACCCAAGCCUAGAGGAGCUGGAAUAGUCCUGGAGCACGGGCUGUACGCUGGCGCCCCUGUUUCCAAAGUGCUGUUGCGGCCUCUCACAGGCCGGACACACCAGCUGCGUGUGCACUGCAGUGCCCUCAGCCAUCCCGUCGUGGGGGACCUGACCUACGGGCAGGCGUUGGACCAAGAAGACCAGCCCUUCCGCAUGAUGCUGCACGCCUUUUAUCUGCGUAUCCCCACGCACACGGAGCGCGUGGAGGCCUGCACACCAGACCCCUUCGUGCCGGCCCUCGACGCCUGCUGGAGCCCCCACACCCUGGUGCAGUCCCUGGACCAGCUCGUCCAGGUCCUGAGGACUGCUCCCGACCCUGGUCCCACAGAAGGGAGCCCUGCGCCCUGCAGCACUCCCACGCCCCCCAGCAAGCCCCCUGAGACAGAGGCACAGCGGGCCUCCUGCCUGCAGUGGUUGUCGGAGUGGACUCUGGAGCCUGACAACUGAGAGCAGCAGGCUGGGCGGGAGUGGCAGGCUGGGCCCACGAGGGGGAUGGGGGCUGCCAGGGAGAGCCCUGGGCCCAUCCUGGGUAGGGGCUGUCCCCGGGUGCGGCCGCUGUGGGUGGAGCCUGAGGCCCCCACUGCAGCAACCAGACCCGGAGAGACCGGCAGGGCCAGCAGGGGGCGCCAGGCCGCCGGGAGUUCGGAGGUGGGCCCUCCCCGAGCACCUGCCCUCCCCCGGGAGGGGAAACCAAGGCCUGCCUUCCCGGCUCCCAAGCUUUGCUCCUCUGGGUUUGUUUUAUGGAUCUGCCCAGGGUCGCUGUCUCAGAGACAGAGCACAAGGUCGGGGCUCGCCUCCUCCUGGCCCCCGGGCCUCUGAGCACCCUGCUCCGCAGCGCGCUCCUCAGACCUCCUGUGUCGGUCGGCCGCUCCCGGCUGGGUCCUCCCUACCUGCGGCCCCGAUUCACCCGCCCAGCCAGUGCUGCCUCGUGCCUUUGCUCUUACCAGACUCUGCUUGUGGGCCCCCUCCUCCCCAUCCACACGGCACCUGGGGGA